GAAAGUGAGAGGGUGAUAGUCAAAGAGGGACAGGAGAUCUAAACAGCCUGAUAUGAGGAAGCCACAGUGAGUUAAAGAAGCAAAGGAUGGGGUUAAAGUAAGGGAACAGAAGAGAAAGAGGAAGAAGAUCUCAUCCGGGAAUGACUGUAAAGUAGAAUAUCACAGCUGACGGGGGAGUAGGGCAAGAAAGCUAUCUUUUGCUUUCGGAUAAAGACACGUUCCCAAAAAUGGCGAGCCUCCCCAAAGACCCGCCUGAGGAUGUCAACAAGCAGAGCUUCUGGGUGCCAGGAAAUUAUGUACGCACAGUGCACCGAACUGAACAGUCCUUCCAGGCUUGCAACGACAUUGUGGCCUGCUUCAUGGAGAGAGCAAAGGUAGAAAAACAGUACGCCCAACAGCUCAGCCAGUGGAGCAGCAAGUGGAAGACCAUAGUGGAUUCUCGGCCACUUUAUGGUUCCCUCAUGAAGGCGUGGCAAAGUUUCUUCACCUCCACCGAGCGUCUGUCUGCCCUCCACUCCUCCAUCUCCCAGUCACUGAUCGCUGAGGAAGGGCAACGGGUGAAGACCUGGCAGAAGGAGACCUUUCCAAAGAAAAUCUUCUGCGGGUUCAAGGAGAGCCACGACAACAACAGAAGUUUUUCACGAGCGCAGAAACCCUGGUCCAAAAAGCUGCUGAAGCUGGAUAAGGCCCAAGUUGUAUACCAUAAGUCAUGUCAGAGGGAGCAAACAGCACUCGACAAAGAGAAACAAGCAAAUGAAAACUCUGAGAUGAGUCCAGAGAAAAAGCAGAAGAUCACAGAGGCCAGAGAAAAGGCCACAGAGGAGAAGGAAAAGACUAGAGAGCACUACGAGAAAGCGCUGGAGGACGUGACGUCCUACACGCCUCGCUACAUGGAGGAGAUGGAAGCCAUUUUUGAGCAGUCGCAGGAGGAGGAGAGGAAGAGGAUCAGCUUUCUGAAGCAGGCUUUCCUCUCCAUCCACAGACAUCUGGAUGUCACAAACAAUGAGAGUGUGAAGGCCGUGUACAGUGAGCUCCAUCACGCUCUGAUGUCCAUCGAUGAUCAGGAUGAUCUCAAAUGGUGGAAGAACAACCACGGUCCUGGCAUGCCCACCGACUGGCCAAAGAUUGAGGAAUGGGUCCCUCCAAUAAAAAAGCUAAAGAGAAAUAAGAGAGACCAGAAAAGAAAAGAGAACCGACCUGUGAUGAUUGGGGGUGUGAAGGUGCGAGCUCUGUACGACUACGUGGGAGAGGAGGGUGAUGAGCUGUCCUUUAAAGCAGGUGAGGUGUUCCUGAAGGUUGAAGAGGAGGAUGACCAGGGUUGGUGUCGAGGGGUACUGAGCGGGGGGAAGGAGGGCUUCUACCCAGCCAAUUUUGCUGUUGUCGAGUGACGUCACACUGUUCAAAAUUUUAUGUCCUGAACUUAUUUCUUGCAAAGAAUCUUCUAAAAAUAACAGUUAUUAUCUUUUAACGUCUAAGAUGUUUCUGAUUCUGAGUUAAAUUCAGAUAUAAUCUGUUCCCAGAUAUUUUUGAAAUGUAAAGUUUUAAGGCCUUAAUAUUCUAACCUACUUGGUUUGAGUACUUCUGCAAUAUGAGUUAACUUAUCAAAGAGUAGAAUGUACUGUUUGCGCAAGAGUUGUAUGUGUAUAUGCGUGUGUGUGUGUGUAUCUGCAUUUGCAUGCAUGUGUGCACGUUCAAAUGAAACACAAGAACAGGAAAGAAUAUUUAUUUACUGUCAUCAUGUCUGAGUCAUUAGAUCACUGUAAUGAAGAUAGCUCAUAAUGAUACACAAGAUUUACUCAGGCACCGGUUUACAAUGGUGUACACACAAGGUUAAUGUUUACUUAAUAUGUAUUAUGUAGAAGCACACAGAAGUUACUUUGACUGAGAGGAAUGGAUUUUCACAAUAAAAGUUGCCUGUGAUCCA